AUUGUCCAUGCGGAAAUAUCGGAGCAAUCGAUUUGACAUUGGCCUUAAGUUUGACACUGCAAUUUUGAUUUGUUUUGCGUUCAGUGUAUGAAUGGAGCUUCCACCGGAGACAGAUAAAAAUAAAUAAAUAUUUAUUUUCCAAAUGUUUAAACGCGAACGUGUCGAAUUAAACGUUCUUCAGCAAGUCAAAACACAGUAUUCUAUUAUUUAUUUUUCUUUGAAUAAAAAAUAUUUACGAUGAGUUCCCACGGAAACAGCGAUGCUAAUCAGGAUUACGAGGAGGAAUUCCUGUUGGAAUUGGGAAAUGAAACAGAUAUGGUUGACUGCAGCGCAAUGGACUACGAUCCAUUCAUAGAGGAGGAGGAGGAGGAGAAUGCUGUCGAAUGCUUAUCGGUCGAAAAAGUAGCCGUGACAAGUGAUUUAGAAGUUGUCGAAACGGAGCCGACCAUAUACUCAUUUAAAGGUGUAUUUUGCCAGCGCCACUUCCGCAAUCAACUUCGACCCAGGGAAACCUUCAUCAAGGAAAUUUGUGGUAAUUCAGUUGCGGAAGUAAUUCAAAGUCUCUGGGAAGCAGGAAAAGAUUUGACAAAACGGCUCGUUAUUUUCAAUGAAAAUGGCCCACAGUGGUCGGAGAAGGAAAAACCUUCCGUCGAAGACGCGUCGCAAUUCAUAACGCUCCAGUAUCAAGCAAAGAAAAAAAAUUACUGUACUACGACCUUGACUCCGAGACUUCUUCAAAGAUGGAGAGAUAAAACGAUUAAAGUUUUUGUCUAUACCUAUUCAACAAAUAUCGAGACCAGCGCACAAUUUCAACAAGUGCUAAAGCAAUUAGUCACUCCAAAAAAUCCAGACCGGGCGGGGGCGAACUCAACACGGGAUGAUUCAAUGUUGGCAAACGAAUUACGUCAAAAACAUCCGCAUUUGGAAGGCUUCCACAGCUCCUGGAUGUUAUGGGCCAAUUAUAUUAACUCUGCAGAAGCGCAUGAACGUGAAAGCAUGAGAAAUGCUGUUAAUCCUCCCGUUGAAAUUUCAAAAUAUUUCCGCUGGGUAGCGGUUUCGGAAGCAGCACGUUUGCAGUCGGUGCACAGAGGUAUGCAAGUUGCACAAACGGUUAACACCCAUUGGGCGAAUGAAAUUAAAAAAAUUAAGGAUAAUGUUUCUAUGGCUCUAACAUUGUUGCAAGGUGCUGCGCAAUGUAUCGAAGCAUUGGAAGCGCGAUCAACAGUGAGUUCAGAAUUGAUCACUGCCAUGCAAUCAGCUGUACAACCGGAGGAAGCUGAAUUGAGCCGCAGUCUGAUUUCACAUGUAACCGAUUGCAGUGAUGUUGAUCAUCAGUGAAACGGGAGUGAACCGCAAACUUGAUCUGAAUAUUAUUUCUUCAUAAUAAUACCACAAUGUUUUAUGUAACAUUUUUAUUUCAUGAAAUAAACAAAACGAAGUCUAACUAAGGUACAAUAUUAAAAUCAAUAAUUUUGAGAUCUUGUUCUAAACCUUUCUCUGGCAAAAAAGUUCCUCCAGCGUAGUACCCGCAAUGCUCAAAAAGUUUUAAACAUGGAUAAAUCCUGAAUUGGUUUAUUGCGUCACAAACCUCAUUGCGAAUGCGGCUAUUUACCUGGUGGUUCCGUACAAGAUUCUUCUUAAUCAGUCCGAAAACAAUCUCCAAGGGGUUGAAGAACGGACAGUAAGCUGGCAAGAACACAGGCAAAAUGCCAAUGGAUCGAAGAUAUUUAAUGAUAUUCGCAUCACAGUGAAUUCUAGCGCCAUCCAUUAUCCAUACAGAGUGAAACCCUGGAUAGCUUUGAACUUGAUGAUUACGAAGUGCGAAAUCUCGGCAACACUGAACAAAUUUUAUCCGGGUGAAUGUGCCCUCAGUCCAAAAGCUUUCCAAGAUUCCUCCGGUGCCAAGGAAGCACAAAAAUGAUGCUCGUGGUUUGCGGCAAAA